GUCGGGGAACUUCCCAGGCGGCGAUGACCAGAGUAGUAAUAACGAAGAAUAGUUAGAGAGUAGAUUAACUAAAUGAUCUUUCGCAUCGAAAAGAACCUUGGGAAGAAGGAAUCCACCAAGAGAGGGGCUCAGGGACGAACUGCAAGCGAACGUGGCGGAUGUCUUGGACCCACGCCCAUCUUUUCACCGCGAUGACUCGAUCGAUGCGUUUGAGUUACGGCUCACUGCUUCAACUUAUUUUUCCCUCGUGGCUCCUCGUGGGAAGUAGAUCGAGAAAUAGACCGCUGUGAUACUCUCUAGUAUUAUUAUUCACACCUGGCUCCUUUCUAUUUUGUCCAUCUUUUCAUCUUGCAUUGGGGUCGACCCAUUAUUGCGUUCCCUUAGGACCCCGCUAGAUACCUACUUAACUUACCCCGCGCUCCGCAAGGAGAGACAAGGAGAAGAAGAACGCAAGAAAAAAGGAGCAGAAUGGCACCCAUUGUCCAUUGUGUUCGUCAUGCCCAGGGGUUUCACAAUCUCUGCACGGAAAACCAUGUCAUCCAGGAUCCUCUUCUGACCGAGUUGGGCGAGGAACAAUGCCGCAAGUUGCGCGACUCAUUUCCUUUUCACUCCCAAAUCGACCUGGUGACCGCGUCCCCGCUGCGUCGAACAAUUUAUACGGCCCUCCUAAGUUUCGAGCCGGUGUUUAAAGAGAAGAAAGAUGUGAAGGUGGUCGCAAUCCCUGAGGCUCAGGAGACCAGCGAUGUGCCUUGCGACACGGGCAGUGACCCUGAUUUCCUGAAGAAGGAAUUCGAAGAGAAGAAACUGCCAGUUGAUCUGUCACUAGUCAAGGAAGGGUGGAACACCAAGAAAGGAAAAUGGGCGCCUGAAACAAAAGCGAUCAAGGACCGUGCCCGUGAGGUAAGACGGUGGCUGAAGGCUCGGCCGGAGAAGGAGAUUGUUCUCGUCACCCACGGAGGCUUCCUCCACUACUUCACAGAGGACUGGGAGGACAGCAGCCAUUAUCAAGGUACCGGUUGGUCCAACACUGAAUACCGUACCUAUCGGUUCACGGAUACGGUAGACACGGAAGAUCUAGAGGGUUACACGGUGGAUGGUGACAACGCAUCUAUCGUGGAGACACUCGACUCCCGCCAGCGUCGUGGCAAGGAGGGCCCUGUUCCCUCCCGCGAGCAACAGAAAACCUUCUACAAGCUGGGAAUCCAGGGCUGGGAUGAUCAAGGCCUGCAGCUCAGUGUUGCCGAGAGAGAAUCUGCAAAAGUCCCCACUGGCAAGGAAGUGGAGGGAACGAGAAUCUGAGCUGCAGAGAAUGUCCCUGAGUGGGGUCGUGACUAUGGAAGACUUACAACACACGUCCUCUUUCCUCCUUACUAUAACUUGCCUUUCUUUUCUUUUCUUUUCUGCCUCAAUACGUUCGCAGGACGCUGGUCUGUAUUGGGAUCAGUCCCUGUUUUUAGAUCCUCUUUAUAUAUACUUCUGCAUAGACUAGAUUACUAAAACAAUAGACUAAGUCAUAUAGAGGGAUUAUAUAUUAAUGGCUAUAUUGUGUUGAAAAGAGAGCGGUGUUA